AUGUCCCUCCCUCGAACAUUGAUGUCGACAAGCCGACGAAUGCUGGCGCCCUCUGUCAAACCCCGUUACAGCCCGAGUUCACCAUAUUUAUCGCCUUCAAUCUGUGCAUCAUGCCUUCGGAGGUCUCUUCAAACUGCCACUCCAUACCGGCCGGAAACACUGGCCAUGCCGGGUAUGGAUCCGGCACCUCCUCGUAAUAAGGAUGCUCCCGGCAGCGAGCUCACAAGAAGAAGUUUGGAUGGAAAGCGCCCUCCGUUUACUACAAUGCCUGUAGAGCAUGGUCGGUCUGCUCUAAAGGUACCUGUAGCAGCUCCGACACCUACUACCUCGGCUACGGCAACCGGGUCCAUAGUGUCUAAGUUAACACCGACUUCGCCACCUGCUCAAACAGCAACAACAUCUACUACUACCACUGCCGCUACUACUAAGGCUCCAAAUACUGCUACGGCUCCGACACCUCGUAAACUUCGACCGCGGAAGGCAGCUAUGACGCUUACACCACUUGCUGUUGAUCAUAUUCGAUCAUUGACUCAACAAACACCUCCCAAGUUGAUUCGGGUCGGCGUGAAGAACAAGGGAUGCAGUGGUCUGGCAUAUAAUUUGGAGUAUAUUGAAUCUCCCGGUAAAUUCGAUGAAGUGGUAGAGCAGGAAGGCGUGAAAGUAUAUAUUGAUAGCAAGGCGCUAUUCAGCAUCAUUGGCAGCGAGAUGGAUUGGGUAGAAGACCGGCUAAGUGCGCGGUUUGUCUUCAACAACCCGAACAUAAAGGAGGAAUGUGGCUGCGGAGAAUCCUUCAUGGUUCAUGGACAGAAAAGCUGA